UGCGCAGAAUCUUUAGAUCAUGCGCAGAAAGGAACUACGAACUGGCUUAAGGCAGGUUCAAAGAUACAGAAGCAUUCAACAUAUUCAAUGUGAGUAGUUUGUUGAACAGAAGAUUCAGAAGAAGUAAAUUGAUCUUACAAACAAGGUGAACAAACUUUAAGCGCACGUCGCGAGGGUAUUCAGCUUUACUGGCAAAGUAGUACAAAAGAGGGUGCUCGUUUCAACAGUUUAGAUUUUUAGAGGAUUUUCGAAAGUUCGUCGCUUAAGAAGUACUGUUUUUCUGGAAAGGAAACAUUGAUUUGUGAUAAAGGACACUGUAUUAAAGGUACAUGAUUUUAGAAGUUUUCUAUCAGGCAAGAGUGAUCCUUACAUCUCUAAUCAUGAACCCAACCCUAGCAACGACAGAAGAGAUACCAGGAUCGCGUGGCUUCUUUUUCGUGUACAACCGUACUGAGCGAUUAACUGGUUUCAUAUUGUUGCCAAUCCUUCUAACCGUUACCCUUCUCAUCAUUGGGUUCACUCAUUACGUUCUUGCGACCUGCUCAACAACCCGACAACAGAACUUGAUCAUCUUCUUUCGCAUUUUGACUGUCUUAAAUGGACUCGUAUUUAUUUCUGAAUUCAUCGAUGUAGCUCUCGAAAUGACCCAAACAAUAUCCCCAGCUAUCAUCUGUUGGAUUCGACCAAUGCUGAACCAUAUGUUUCCCUUUCCUACAAUCCUCAUAUAUAUGAGCCUCCAUUUGGAUCGACUUCUCAUGUUUUUUAAACCUCUUCGAUACGUUACCUUGGCGAGUCCACAAAGAGUAAAGAUGGUCUUAGUUUUUAUUUCCGCUAUAUCAUUGCUGUAUUUUGUGACUUUUCUACCCAUCCCUGGUUUCCCAUUCACAUGUUAUUUCUUGUCUUUUUCCUCUAUUAACGGCACACUUCAAAAUACUUCUACAAUUGACACUAGGAUCAAAAUAAGGUCACUUGCUUUCAUCUCGCCGUUUUACCUAUCCAUUGUAUUGCUUACCAUCAGCAGUGUCUGCAUAAGCAUUCUCUCAUUCAAACAGGCAGUUAGGAUUCAACGAGAGUUUCGUAGGAUUAAUCAGCAAGGUGAUGGAGGUGUCCAUGGGGGCGCCCCUCCGGUAUCAAGGGUGAAGGGUGUGGUCACUGUCAUCGUAUCAACAAUGGGCUUUUAUCUGCAAUUUGGUUUCUCCUUGUUACGUAUCGAGAACGAGACGAAUUUUAAAUCGACCCCGUUAGCCUUGGUCAUUGCAUCGUUGCAGCAAAUAUUUGGUUGGUUAGGAACGAUAGCGAUAGUAAUUACAAAUAGAGAGCUACGUCAGCGUGCUCGUAUCGUUCUCAAAGAUUUGUUCUUAUAACGAUUAAGCUUUCGUAUAUGCUAGAGAAUAUCAUCAACCCACAUCUUUAAAACCAGGAGGUUCGAUAGAUUGACGAUGAUUCCUAAAGUCCAGGAAGUAUUAUACGAACGAUUAAAGGAAUAUAGGUGACACAUAAAGUCUUUCUCAAGUACCAUGAAAAGAAAGAAAACAAUUCAAAAAAUGAAUGAAAUGAAUAGAAUAAUAAUAUUUA